CCCAAUGGUAGAUGUUUGUAAUGUCCCAAAUCCGAGCCCAAUAAUGAAAUGCAGUUAUUGAUCCAGAAGAAAGUAGUCAUGCAAAGAAACUUGAUGGCAGGUUAUGGUACCAAUGCUUUCGGACAACGAAAGCUCCUUGUCCUCCCGUUUUCUUUGCACCUUGUCGCAGAUAGAAGAUGAUAUUAUAACAAAUGUGAUGUGUACAAUGAAUGUUUUUUAUUCUUCUCACAGACUUCUGUAUGUCCCGAAACCUGGAAAUAAGUCAGCACAUUACGACACGACCUUUAUGGAGAAAUUGGAAGAACGAGGAGCAUAUGGUUAAAAGGGGCCAAUUGCUCCAUCCAACUUCCCAGGAAUCAAGCAGCCAGCCUGCAACUUCAACCGAACUCCAUAGUCAUGGCAACCCUCCGGCAGUUGGGCUCCACUCAGAACUUGCCGCAGGAUUUCACGGCAAGAAAGCUGUGGGAAAUCUCGAAAGACUUGAGGAAGGCGGCAGCCAACGCCGAGGAACAGAUCUUCCAGCUCACAAAUGGUCGCAUUGGCGAUAUCGCCGAAGUGUUCUGGACCGACUCGGAAGGUUUGCAUGUCAGCGAAACUCCAAGAUACCCAGGCAUUCGAUUCCCCCCGCGCUCUUCCCAACUUCCUCAACUCCCACAACUGUUUACCAGCAUUCUGGUGAUUCCUACCAAUCCUCGGCCUGUGGACUUCGACAGUCACAACACAAUUCUUUUCUUCUCUCCCAUGAUGAACCACGCUCAAAUUGAUGUGUUCAUUGCUUCAAUCAACGAUGAGGAGAAGAGCCUGAUCCAGCGACUUGCUAUCAACCUCGACCGAUUCGGAACCUUGAACAAGACUGCCCUGAUCCAAUUCAGCGAAUUGAGGGAAGUCCUUCUCAUCUCCGAGCCCACAGGAGAGGAGCCUGAGGACACACCACAACUCGGCCCCAGGGCGCAACCAGAUCCACAACAAGUUUUCUUCUAUUUGGCACCUCCGACGGCAGAGUCAACCACCUUAGGCUGCCACGUCUUGGAUACACGCACAAUGGCGGAAACGGAUCUGGAGGUGAUCAGAAAGCAACAUGAUGCCUGGCCAGCGGGACCGAUCACCGUUGAUGUGGCUUGGAUCGAGAGGGACGGGAACGUGAUGGACACCUGUUUUCCACCCGAGACCUACCUGGACAUCAAGGCAAAAAAGAGAGAGAGGCAAGAUCGAGGAAAUUGGCAGGAAGAGGAUGGCUUCUUCAACGAACCAUCGGAAGUCGGUCCUGACGACACCGGCUAUACUGCAGACGGAGCUGACGAGGACGUUGAGGAAGCACCGACUCUCGAUAGUGGCGACGGUGAAGAUGCUGCUGCGGGAGCCGACCAGGAUACUGUUACGACAGCAAGUUCCGCCAUGCAGAACUUGAAUCUGGGCAAAAAGUACGAUCCUUUUGAUUCGAGAGCAGACACGACCAACGCGAGCGAUGUGGAGGCAGAGCUUCUGGAUGCGAUCGCGGAGUCGAAUCGAAAGGUUGAAGAACGCGAGAAAGAGGCUGAGCUUCGGAAGCAGAAGAAGGAGAGUGAUAAUGUCGCUGAGGAUGAUGUUGGCUGGUGAAGGCGCAGUCGACGAAUGAGAAUGCGGAUGUUGAUUGCGUGCAAAUUGAUUGUUUGGGAAUUUGGAA